AAAAAAACUGUUGUAAACCGGAAGAGUAUUGAAUUGUGACCCGGAUGUGGAGGCUCUUGAUAGAAGGAGGGAAGUGUUAUGAUUUUACACAAAUUUGUACUCUCCGGUGAGUGUUGAUUACACACUGACUGGGUUGAGAGCAAGCAGAUAAAGCUAGUGUUGCAGUUUGUUCCUGAUCUGGUUACGUGAGUUUCCAUCAUGUCUGUCGUGCCACCCAACCGAUCAUCAACCGGUUGGCCGCGUGGAGUGAAUCAAUUCGGGAACAAAUACAUAAGCACCCCAACAAAACCGCUCACGCUGGAAAGGACCAUUAACUUGUACCCCCUGACCAACUACACGUUCGGCACGAAGGAACCUCUCUAUGAGAAAGACAGCUCGGUCGCGGCGCGUUUCCAGCGGAUGCGGGAGGAGUUCGAGAAAAUCGGCAUGAGGAGGACAGUGGAGGGCGUCCUGAUUGUGCAUGAACACAGACUGCCGCACGUCCUGCUGCUGCAGCUGGGAACCACUUUCUUUAAGCUACCCGGUGGAGAGCUGAACCCCGGUGAAGAUGAAGUGGAAGGGUUGAAGCGACUGAUGACAGAGAUUCUGGGACGUCAGGAUGGGGUGAAGCAGGACUGGGUUAUUGACGACUGCAUUGGGAAUUGGUGGAGGCCGAACUUCGAACCCCCACAGUACCCUUACAUUCCAGCUCACAUCACCAAGCCCAAAGAGCAUAAAAAGCUGUUCCUGGUCCAGCUGCAAGAGAAAGGUAAGCACCUCUGGUCCUUUUCCCAUACCGUGUUGGCUGAACACGGGUGGGGUUGUGUACCUUAGUGCACGGUUAUGUUUAGUGGUUAAAUAUGAAGAUGAUCAUCAUUCAGAAAUAGUCAUUGAAUUUCAUUUUGAAAGCACAUUUGUGCCUUUUCAGUUUCAUGCUGGCACUGGUAACACAGCUCUGACUGGUGAUAGUCAUUCCCAUUUUUUACAGCUGUGCUUAUGAUUACCCAUUUUCAUUACACACUUAUGGAAAAUUGCUUGAUCUUUAUCUACAUAAAAUCUUUAAAAUGAAUCAAUAAAUCAAAACGAAUGCAAAAA